UCGGAGGAGCUGAGGGGAAGGCCGGAGCCCCACAUCGCCGCGCUGAGGCAUGCUCUGUGUGAAGAAUUCCGAGCGUGGCUUUCUGCUGUGACCCAGAUAGAGCUGGAGCCAACUAUUGACAUCUCCUGUGCUAAAUAUGAAUAUACUGAUGUCUUGCUGUGCCACGAUGAUGAGCUGGAAGGUCGGAGAAUUGCUUUCAUCCUGUACCUUGUCCCACCCUGGGAGAAAAGCGACGGGGGAACGCUGGACCUGUAUAGCACAGAUGAACACUUUCAGCCACAGCAAAUCGUCAAGUCAUUAGUGCCUUCGUGGAACACGCUGGUUUUCUUUGAAGUGUCUCCAGUCUCUUUCCACCAGGUGUCAGAAGUUCUGUCUGAGGAGAAGUGCCGCUUGUCAGUGAGCGGCUGGUUUCACGGCCCAUCAAUAGUCAGACCUGCACGCCACAUUGAAGCUCCCUUGCCCAGGAGCCCACACGUACCCUACGAUCAUGAAAUCUUGUAUGAGUGGAUCAAUCUAGUUUAUUUGGACAUGGACUCCCAAGCUCAAAUCCAGGAGGAAUUUGAGGAGCAAUCAGAAAUUCUCCUGAAAGAUUUUCUUAAGAAAGAGAAAUACCAACUACUCUGUGAAGCUUUGGAGAACAAAGACAUCCAGUGGAGUAGUCGAGGGCCUGCCAAUAAAAGACUCUAUGAGACAGCAGAGGAAGACAGCCUUCCUGACAUCCUGAAGAAAUUCCUGCAGUUCUUGCGCUCUGAGGCCUUGUUUUUACUGCUUUCCAACUUCACUGGCCUAAAGCUGCACUUCCUGGCUCCCUCUGAUGAGGAUGAAGAUGCUGGGGAAGGAAGAGCAGCAGACACCGCUGGGCACAGCAGUCCCAAACCUGAGCGGGAAGAGAUUGAACAGCACACUGAUAGCAAUCCCCGUCAGCCAGACAACAUCCCUGAAGCACAAGACAGCGAAAUGCAGAACGGCUCAGGUGCCCCUGUGUGUGCAGGGGAGCUGAGGCGCUGGACCCACAGGCACUAUACCCUAGUCCACGACACUCAAGCAACAGAAUUUGCUCUCGACCUGCUCUUCUUCUGUGGCUGUGAGGACUGGGAUCCAGAAUAUGGUGGCUUUACUUCCUACAUCGCUAAAGGUGAAGAUGAAGAGCUGUUGACAGUGAAUCCAGAGGACAACUGCUUGGCCUUAGUUUAUAGAGACAAAGAAACUAUGAAGUUUGUGAAAUACAUCAAUCAUCGCAGCUUGGCACACCUGAACAAGCAUCCGAACAGAACAGGAUUUUGGGAUUUUUCCUUUGUUUAUUAUGAGUGAUGGUGCAGAGCGUGACCACAGUCACACAGAAAAUGGUGGUGG